GUGAAAUGCAGUUCCUACAUGUUUUCUCUGUCUCUAGAAUAAUUCAAACUUAAAGACAUACUCACCAAAAGUGAACAUGGAUUUCAAUGCGAGCCAGGACUAUAGGUCUUAUCCAACGGGAGCACCCUAUAACACGAGCACAGACUAUGAAGACUACUACCAGGAGCCUGACGCCAGUAAAAUCAUCAUCCCGUCUAUCUAUGCUCUUGUCUGCUGUGUAGGUCUAACUGGAAAUGCCAUGGUCAUAUAUGUCAUUCUGAAAUAUGCCAAAAUGAAAACAGCCACUAACAUUUACAUUCUCAACUUAGCAAUUGCUGAUGAGUUGUUCAUGUUAAGUGUUCCUUUCCUAGCCACAUCAGCUGCUGUUCGUCACUGGCCCUUUGGGUCACUGAUGUGUAGGCUGGUGCUUAGCGUAGAUGGUAUCAAUAUGUUUACAUCAAUCUUUUGCCUGACUGUGCUGAGUGUAGACCGGUACAUAGCAGUGGUCCACCCAAUCAAGGCUGCUCGUUACCGCAGACCCACUGUUGCCAAAGUAGUCAAUGUGUGUGUAUGGGGACUGUCACUCAUAGUCAUCCUGCCCAUCAUUAUAUUUGCAGACACUGUCCCAGCACAGGAUGGCGGCGUGGACUGUAACUUCUUGUGGCCUGAAGCAGCAUGGUCAGUAGCAUUCGUGGUCUAUACCUUCCUGUUGGGGUUUCUGCUUCCAGUCGGAGCUAUAUGCUUAUGCUACUGUCUAAUGGUGGCCAGAAUGCGAGCAGUGGGGCUAAAAGCAGGCUGGCUUCAGCGACGGCGCUCAGAGAAGAAGAUCACCCGAAUGGUGCUGCUAGUUGUGGCAGUGUUUGUUCUCUGCUGGAUGCCUUUCUAUGUUGUCCAGCUGGUUAGUGUUUUCCAUCGUCCCCCAGACCCCAUGGUCACUCAGCUUUUUGUCAUUCUUAGCUAUGCCAAUAGCGGUGCCAAUCCUAUCUUGUAUGGCUUUGUGUCUGACAAUUUCAGGCGCUCAUUCCAGCGCAUUGUGUGUUUCCGGUGGCUUGAGUCUGGACUGGAUGCGGAGCAGGUGGAUUACUGUGCAGUAGCUUUGAGAAGACAAACAACAUGUAGCCCUCUGGACUUUCCCAAGGACUGUAUGGCUUCUGAUAUGGUGUUUCGCAAUGGGACAUAUACCUCCCGUACAACCACAGUCUAACGUUCAAUCAGAACAGCCGCACAGUGGAGUUGGACAUUGAAUUUUGAUUGAUAAAAAUGUAAUUAAAAAAACCCUAUAGGUUUUGAUUAUAUCAUCAUUUCUAUGCAAUAUCCCCUUGAAUACACAAGGGUGAGAGAAUCUUGAGAAUCUUGGGACACAAAGUCACAAAGGAAAACCCUGAAAAAACAGUUAAGAAAUGAGCAGCAAAUGUACAACAAAAAAUAUGAAUAUGACUGAAAGGAUCCCAUUAGAUGUGUGCAUGGAUGUGUAGCACUGGUGACUGUAAGCAAAAAGUGGUAAUGUUUAUUAACAUUUUCAUUCUGUAAAGUGAUUAGUCCCGGUCAUAACAGGCUGCUUAAGAACAUAAGAAAGUAAGGAGGUAAGUACAAGUGUGAAAUUCCAUUUUCAGCUGUCACGAUGUCAUUGUUUAUUCAUAUACUCAAAUAAAGCAUCCAAUCGCACCCUUAAAAUCCCCAAAUUCUACAGUUCACAGUUUCUAGAACUGAAAUAGUAGUUUUCUUAAAAACUACUGAAAAUAAUGUUUUCAUUCACUAACUAUUUUCAAUGGUUUCUACUUUCAGAACUGCAGAUGUAACAACUUAACAGCUUACCCUUAUGUCAGCAUACUAUUUUGAUCACACAUUUAGUAAGGCGUAUAUGAAAACUCUCUAAUGUGUGUCUGAGAUGUUUUUUUGUAAAAAACAACAACAAAAUAAACAAACAAACAAACUAUGGC